AAAAGUCUCAUGCAGUCUGGAGCUUACAUCGUGACAAGUACAUCAUGUUGGUGAAGGUGAGAUUUGGAGAAACGCAGAAGUAUGUCAAAGUAGCUGAGACUGAAGAUGGUUAUGAUGACUUCAGCACAUUUCUUCAGAAAGUCAUUGUGAAGCUAGGUCUUCCUCUUGAGACUGAGCUACACUUGACAGAUGAAUCAGGGACAGAAGUUGAUGCAGAUGUGUUUGAGGAUCUUUUGCAAGCAGGGAACCUUACUGUUAGGGUGACAACUGAGAAGUCAACAGUUGUGCUUCAACAUGAUUUAUCAUCUACUUCGCUGGAGUCAACCAUGUCAGACAAUUCAUCUGUGUCAGUUUCUGGAGACUCCUUGCUAGCAUCUUCUGACUCAUCUGAUGCCACAGUGAUUGUUCACACAAACGGAGGGACGAGAACACAUGCUGAACGGGAAGCAGCAAAAGAGAUGGUGAGAAAUGCUCUCCAGGUUAAACCAGGUGGACAGGUUAUUUUGGAUGAAUACGAUAAACUGCGAUCACUGACGGAUGGCACAAGAAGACGUUUGGUAAACCUCCUUGUGGCCAACAUGGUUGAAAUUCAUGGGAUGAUCCCACCAGUCUCUGUGAGAACUAAAUAUGCUUUGGGCAUCAUCUCUCUAUUUCCCAGCCUCAAAGAUCCAUAUUCAGACAAUGGAUAUGAACACUUCUAUGACCAACAGAGUGGAUCUGGCUACUUGGCUUGGAGAAUAAAAACUGUUCAGCGCAACUCGGCAGCUCAGUCCCGGAGAUCCUCCACCAGCACAGCCUAUGAAGAUAGUCCAAAGAGAAAGAGAGAGGUUUCCUGCACUGAUAAGCAGCUGCUUGGUGAGGAGUGUCGUGAAGCGAUAUCCUUUUUGAAACAUUCAACUGAUGAAUCAGCAGUCAAAGAGAAGAUGAGGGCCACAUUUCAGUAUCGUCAAACACUGAUUCAAGAUCAACAGUGCUCUUCAACAGUCUUGGAUGUCUUCCCACGAUUCCUUAACAUCACUGGCUUGAUUGACCAGGACUUCACCAUGAUGUUUGGAGAGGAGGUGUCGGGCAGAUUUUUGGCAAAAUGGCCUACUUUUUUCAAACCUAGGAUCCUGACAGAGUGCAGAAAACUGACUUCUAAUGAGCACAUUGAAGAGCUCUUGUAUUCGCAGCACGACACAGGCUGGGACAGUGACCUGUCAAGCAUUCUACUGUUGCUUCACUUGCUUCCACCUACCUCCAAAGGCCACAAGAAGAGUGCCAAAAUCAGCUCAUGUCAAGCUGUGGACCAUGUUGUGAGAAAUCUGCAGAUGGGAGCCAGUGUCGAAACCUUCCUUGCUGGUGUGGAACCGGGACAGCCCUUCCUCCUGUGUGUUGGUGAAAACAAGAGCAGCAUCCAAAGAUACUACAUCAUCAUUGAUCACAAGGCCGUCCCUUGCAAGGCACAGACCUCCUUGGCAGCUUUCGAUGAGCUCUUCAAGGCACACUUCAUCUUCAGCGUCAACUACCAUGAAUCCCUCUAUAACUUCUAUACGUUCAUCCAAACCACAGUUUUUAACAUUGAUGUGGGACAUGCCAAGGAAAGUCCCAGAGUCAGGGAACUAAGAGCAAGAUUUUUGCACGACGCUUGAGGUGAUAAAUAUCCUUGGAUGCAAAUAUGUUUCUUUGUUAUGUCUGUAAAGCACACCACAAAAGUUCUGCAUUGCUUUGUCAGCAUUUAAGACUCCACCAUGGUCUAUAUCCUGGAAAGACGUUACGUUUAAAAUGUGGACAGUUGGGAUGUUGUUUAUCGUUUUGCACAUAUUCAGGUUUUAAAAAGCAUCUUGUUCAUUUCCAUAGAGAUGCUGCUUUGACUUAUACUGCUGACAAUGUGGACACUCUGAAUGAAGUUGGUGAGCCCUCAACUUCACAGGCAGUCAGUACAAACUCUCCUGUAACUACUCAGCCCUCUACUGACAACAAUCAUAUGUUAAAUAUGUGUUCCUCUGUUGUUGCACAGUUGCAAGCAUGUGGUGUUGCUGAGAGCACAGUCCAAGCAAUGGUGGGUUCUAUGGAGGAACUUGUUAAUGACAUUCAUAGGGAUGUAAGAGAGGCAGUUCUUGGCUGCACUUCAGAAAUUCAAGGCACAGAUUUGGAAAAGAAAAUUGAAAAAUGUUUUGAUCGACUAAAAAAAUCCCUUUUCAACCUUAAAUACUCGAGUCAAAAGACAGAAGUUCUUUGAGGAAAAGUGGGAAAUUGUUGAACCUGUUGAGUAUGUUCUUGGGGUGCGGUUUGAUGUUCGCAGAGAUCAAACAACAGGACUUUACAGUCAGGUCCCUGUAACAGAUAAAUUUGUGUAUACGCCCAUUCUAGGAACUCUUAAGUCUAUGUUCAGGAAUGCUGAAUUAUGUGAAAGUUUUUUGAAAGCCAAUCUUCACGAAGAAGGCAUUUAUAAAGACAUAUGUGAUGGUUCAUACUUCAAAAGUAACAUUUUGUUUUCCCAGAAAAAACAUGUUCUACAGAUUCAACUCUAUUUUGAUGAGUUUGAGACAGCAAACCCUUUAGGUUCAAAGAAAGGAAUUCACAAACUUGGUUGUAUUUACUUUAUUUUGAGAAACCUUCCCCCAAAAUAUAAUUCUGUGUUGAUGAAUAUACAUGUUGUGACUCUU